CGGUGGAGCAGUCAAAGCGAGGUAGAAAACCCAGGACCGAACUUUGUCCCCUUUGUCACAGGGACCUGUCGUCACCUCGUCGUCACGCAGCAGCGUCCCUAUGGAUCUCCUCGCUGGAAUUGGCUGUGCCUGUGCCGGGCUCCUGGCGAUGGCACUGCUGGGGGUUGCAUAUCGCCUAGGGCUCCUCUACCAGCUUUGUCACAAGGUGAACCCUCAAAGCCCUCGGCACGGCGGCGAGUUGGUGGCAGAAGUGCUGAAGGCGCACGGCAUCCGCUUCCUGUUUGCCUUGGCUGGUGGCCACAUCUCCCCCAUCUUGGUGGCCAGUGAGAAGAUGGGAAUACGUGUGGUGGACACCCGGCACGAGGCCACUGCCGUCUUCGCUGCCGACGCCGUCUCUAGGCUCUCGGGUCGCAUCGGCGUCGCUGCCGUCACCGCCGGUCCUGGCGUCACCAACACGGUGACGGCCAUCAAGAACGCUCAGAUGGCCGAGUCACCGGUGCUGCUCAUCGGGGGAGCAGCUGCCUCGCUGCAGAAGGGUCGGGGUGCACUGCAGGACAUUGACCAGCUCUCGCUCUUCAAGACGCUCUGCAAAGCCUGCGUCUCGGUCCGCGCCGUCCGCGACAUCGUCCCUGCCCUCCGCAAAGCCAUCGCCACUGCACAGUCGGGGACCCCCGGACCUGUCUUUGUGGAGCUCCCUAUCGACAUCCUCUACCCCUUUCAUGUGGUAGAGAAAGAAAUAGGAGGCACCAAGAGCGGCCGGGGACUGCGGGGAAAGGUGGUGCAGUGGUACCUCAAAAACUACAUCCGUAACCUCUUUGCGGGUGCUUGGGAUCAGCGUGACGUCUCCCCAUUGCCUGUGCAGGUGCCCUUGGCCACUGAUGACGAGGUGCAGCAAUGUGCCGAGCUGGUGAGCCGGGCCAAGAAGCCGCUGGUGCUGGUGGGCAGCCAGGCCCUGCUGCCGCCCACACCAGCCGAGGAGCUGCGCGCAGCGCUGGAGGCCCUGGGCAUCCCUUGCUACCUGGGGGGAAUGGCGCGGGGGCUUCUUCCCCCCGGUAGCCCCCUCCUCCUGCGCCAGAACCGCCGUGAUGCUCUCCGUGACGCUGACCUGGUGCUGCUGGCAGGUGCAGUCUGCGAUUUCCGCCUGUCCUACGGGCGCCUUUUUGGUCGCCACACCGCUGUCGUGGCCGUUAACCGGGACCGUGCACAGCUCCUCCGCAAUUCCGAUGUCUUUUGGAGACCCCGGCUCGCCGUGCAAGGCGACGCGGCUUCGUUUGUGGUGCGGUUGGCGCAGAGCCUUCGGGGCUACGCCUGCCCCAGCGACUGGGCCGAGGGACUGCGCCAGGCCGACCGGAAAAAGGAGCAAGAGAACCGAGAGAAGGCAGCGACCCCUACUUGUGACCACCUGAACCCCCUGGAUGUGCUGCACCGCCUGGACGUGCUCCUGCCCCCAGAGAGCCUGCUGGUGGCUGACGGCGGGGACUUUGUGGGGACCGCUGCCUACAUCGUCCGUCCCCGCCGUCCUCUUGCCUGGCUGGACCCUGGAGCUUUCGGCACUCUGGGAGUCGGUGGCGGGUUUGCACUCGGCGCCAAGCUCUGCCGUCCCGACGCAGAGGUUUGGGUCCUCUACGGUGAUGGCUCACUGGGCUACAGUUUGAUGGAGUUUGACACCUUUGUGCGGCACAAGACACCCAUCAUCGCACUGGUGGGCAACGACGCGUGCUGGAGCCAGAUUGCUCGUGAGCAGGUGGCUUUGCUAGGCAGCAAUGUGGCAUGUGGCCUCGAGUACCUGGACUACCACGCGGUGGCUGAAGCUCUGGGUGGCAAAGGCCUGGUGGUGGGUCGUCCGGACCGUGAGCGGCUGGAGGCCGUGCUCCGCGCCGCACAGGAGGCGUCUCGCCAAGGCCACCCCGUCCUCAUCAACGCCCUCAUCGGCAAGACAGACUUCCGCGACGGCUCCAUCUCUGUCUAGGAACGGUGUCUCUGAAAUGCCCUCCGUGGGACAGAGGAGGUGGGAUGUGUUUGGGUGACAGUAGUGCUACACCCCCAACCCUGGGGCAAACCCCGUGUCCCUUCCCCCGGCAAUAAAGCGGCACUGCACGCCCACGCCUGCCGUCCUGUGCCAUCGACGCCAGCGUCUCUGGGGUGCCGGCACCCAACAUAAAUGACUCUUUGGGGACUGUCGCUUCCUCCCCUUCAGCAAGACCUUGUUAUGCCAACACACCUGUAAAGCCCAGGGGCGAGUGCA